UAUGACCUUUUCGUGUUGUGGUGGUGGAGGUGCAGAUGCUGAAUUUGACAUCUUAUUUAGUAUAACAACGAACCUGUGAAAUAUAUAUAAUACAUUUGGACUAAAUAUUUUGGAAAUAAACAUUGUCUAUAGACAAAAGUAAGUCGAACGAAGAAGGAGGACUCGUCGAUUGAGUUGCCUGAUGUGAUUGUGGAAUACUAUUAUAAUGAGUAAUAGUCACCCCUUGCGUCCACUGGCCUCCGUUUCGGAGAUCGAUCACAUCCACCUGCUGUCAGAGCAGCUUGGGGCGCUGGUGCCAGGUGAAGAAUACAGUGAUGUCACGUUCAUUGUGGAAGAGAAACGGUUCCCAGCCCACCGCGUGAUCCUGGCCGCGCGCUGCCACUACUUCAGGGCUCUUCUGUAUGGUGGGAUGAAGGAGUCCCAGGCGCUGGCAGAGGUGUGUCUGGAGGAGACCCGGGCUGAGGCCUUCUCCAUGCUGCUGCACUACCUGUACACAGGCCGAGCCAGCCUCAGCUCCGCCCGCGAGGACGUACUGCUGGACUUCCUGGGCCUGGCGCACCGCUACGGCCUCCAGCCACUAGAGGACUCCACCUCCGAGUUCCUGCGCACCAUCCUGCACACGCACAACGUGUGCCUGGUCUUUGACGUGGCCAGUCUGUACUCUCUGAGCACGCUCAGUGCUGCCUGCUGUGGGUAUAUAGACCGGCACGCCCCCGAAGUCCUGGCGUCAGAUGCCUUCCUCACGCUCUCCAAGACGGCUGUUUUGACCGUGGUGCGGAGGGACUCUUUUGCCGCCAGUGAGAAGGAGAUCUUCCAGGCGCUGUGUCGCUGGUGUCGCCACAACGGAGAGGGGGCCGCCACCCAGGAAGUGAUGUCAGCCGUGCGGCUGCCUCUCAUGAGCCUGACGGAGAUGCUGAACGUGGUGCGCCCCUCCGGCCUGCUCAGCCCCGACGACCUUCUGGACGCCAUCAAGAUCCGCUCAGAGAGCCGGGACAUGGACCUCAACUACCGCGGCAUGCUCACCCCGGAGGAGAACAUCGCCACCAUGAAGUACGGUGCCCAGGUAGUGAAGGGGGAACUGAAGUCUGCCCUGCUGGACGGGGACACCCAGAACUACGACCUGGACCACGGCUUCUCCAGGCACCCCAUCGAGGACGACGGCCGAGCUGGGAUCCAGGUGAAGCUGGGUCAGCCCUCCAUCAUCAACCACAUCCGCAUCCUGCUGUGGGACCGAGACAGCAGGUCGUACUCCUACUACAUUGAAGUGUCUAUGGACGAGCUGGACUGGGUGCGCGUGGUGGAUCACUCCAAGUACCUGUGUCGCUCUUGGCAGAACCUCUUCUUUACUCCUCGUGUGUGCAGGUAUGUGCGCAUCGUGGGGACCCACAACACUGUCAACAAGGUCUUCCAUCUAGUGUCUUUUGAAUGCAUGUUCACCAACCGUCCCUUUACCCUUGAAAAGGGUCUUCUAGUGCCCAGUGAGAACGUGGCCACCAUUGCAGCCUGCUCUAGCGUGGUGGAGGGCGUGAGCCGCAGCAGAAACGCCCUGCUCAAUGGAGACACACGCAACUAUGACUGGGACUCAGGUUACACCUGCCACCAGCUGGGCUCUGGGGCUGUAGUCAUCCAGCUGGCCCAGCCCUACACCGUAGGCUCUUUGAGGCUGCUACUGUGGGACUGUGAUGAGCGUUCCUAUAGUUACUACAUCGAGGUUUCCACCAACCAGCAGCAGUGGACAAAGGUGGUGGAUCGCACCAAGGUGGCAUGUCGAUCUUGGCAGACUCUCAAGUUCGACCAGCAGCCUGCCUCCUUUAUCCGCAUUGUGGGAACUCAUAACACAGCCAACGAGGUAUUUCACUGUGUCCACUUUGAGUGUCCAGCCCAGUUGGACACGGAUGUUAAAGAGGGAAGUCCAGGACAGGAGGCUCCAGAGUCCGGCUCCACGCAGCCUCGACCUCCCCGGCCCUCACGCUCCCACAGCCUGCUCCCCUCCCAGGCCUCCUCCUCCUCCCCCUCCUCUCCCUCCUCCUCCUCACAGCCACAGCACUAGGACAAGUCCUCACUAUUCUCUUGGAGGAAAAUGCAAGACGUCAUUUUUGCACAGGCUUUUACCAGCCAGAACAUGCUGCUAAAAGCAAAUAUUUUGAUAAUAACACAAGUCUAUAGCUAUCUAGAAAAAUGUUAACAAGAAUUGUACAUUGAUUGCGGCAGUUUUUAGACUCCAGGGGGCUCCAGUCCUGUCUGAUUUGACACAGAAUGAAGAGAAAGAUGUUUAUAGAAUACAAUGAAUUUAUACUUUACUGUGAAGAUACUUGCUCACAUUUGAGGCCAGUGCAAGGGCACUACUAGGCGCUUCUCAGUGUCUGUACUGGCCUGGUACUAUUACAGCCAGGAAGUCUAACUGUCCAAAAAGUAACUAGUAUCACAAUAGUGAUGUUGGCAAUAAUGCUACCUAAUCUUUUUUCCUGAGACUGUAAAUAAACUGUAACUGUAACGAUUAGCAUUUACAAAUAGUUCAACUCUUUGUUUAUACUUUUUGUGAAAUCUAUGAUAUUAAAUAAUUUAUUGGCACUUGUUAGAAUCAAAGUGUUGCCGAGGAAGUCACACCUUGAGUGUGUUGGUCAAAGGCUUAACCCAACCUGUAUUGACUAUAUGUGGCAAAGCACUUGAAUGUUUUGCUUCAAAAGGUAAUGAAGUAAUUCGCACUGUUAUUGGAUUGGAGAGAAGUGUGAACCAGAUUAUGCACUGGAGCUGAGAACAUAUAUUUGAACACUCUUUACUAAGAGCAGCUGAUAUUUGGCACUUUAACCCUCGUGCUGCCUUCGGGUCACGAACCAUCGUUGUGUUUACCCAAUUUUACCCAAUACAAAAACAAAUUAAAAUAAUUUUCUUUUAACCUUUGCAAUGUGGGGGGUCUGAGACAGCCCAACGGUUAAAAGAAAAUGCUUCACUUUGUCUUUGUAUGCGGUAAAUCUGUCGCAAUACGACGGUGGGUCACAAUGACUGA